AUGGACGACCUGUUAGAACGUUUUAUCUGGAAGAGUGGGAAUGGUGGCGAGACACUGCAAUUGGACCAGGUCGGUGUAGAAGUUGGACUUUAAGUAUUUCCAAACCCUGAUCCAAAAACCUACCUACUGAGCCAAAACCUAUCGAAGAGCGCUGUUCUUUAGAAGUGCUUCUGUUGAGUUAAUGGAUUCUUGAACAUCCUCUGCCAAAAAAGAGUGGAGUAGACCCCAUAGCUUUCUUAGCUAAACUCAGAGCAAUCUGAGCAGUUAUUCGUUCACAUGUCAGUUUUGUACGCUGAAAAUGCGAGGAACAGGGUGGUAGUUUCUUGAGAUGGUUUGAAAGAGUUGAUAGAUGGCCUAGCAUGAAUUAAAUAGAAUUUUGAAACGCACUAUAAUUGAUGUAAGAUGAUGAAUAGAAUACUUUUGAUGAAAUCUUUACUUUUAUUUUUAGUUGAUGCUUACUGUAGUUUUCGAGUUUUUCUUUGAAAGUUAAUAUUUUUACAUAUUUUUAUUUGGUUUAAGAUUUCCAGUCUCUCCCAAAAAUGGCCUCACCUGCAGGAAGAUCUGAUCAUAAAGUGCCUUGGGGACAAUGAUGUUACUGCACGGACGUUGGUAAGUAAUCUGACGAUGUUUUUUGCAAUUAUAUCCAACUUCAACUGACCAUACGUAUUAACCAUUUUAGCUUUUAACUUCAUUGACUACAGAUUUGUUUCCUUUGAAUUUGCCCUGCCAUGUCUUAAUGUUCAUUAUACGCAUUACUGCAUUUUGAAAUUGCUGUUAGUGGUUAAUGCUUUCAAUCUUUACUUAAUCCAAUUUCAGUCAAGAAGGAUGAAAUACUUCGAAGGCUUUUGCAACACCCUGGAAAGCCCAGAAGUGGAAAUGAUGCAGCAAAUAUUCAAUGAAAGAUCUGUAUUGUUUCUUGGAUUUGAUCCCGAGCGCCCGGAAUACAAGAACUUCUUUGAAAAGUUUGCUGUUCACUCAAAGGUUCUUCCUUUUUUUAAUAUACAUACGUGUUUUAAUAAUUGUAUUGCACCGUUGGGAUUUUCUAUUGCGCUUUUCUUGUUUUCAUAGAGAGUCAUUUAGAGUUUAUAACUGAUACAAGUAUCUUUUUUCGGUCUUUUGACAGAUGAAGCAUUAUACUUUCGAGACUUCCAAUGACUCAGAUCUUGAUAAAAAGGGAAAUCUUCUGGCUUUAAAGGCAAACAUACAGCUUUGGGAAUUCGUACAGUUCUUAAGUACAGGAGAAAUUAUAGAAGAAAUAAAAGAAGGAAAGGUAAGCUGCAAAUGUGUCGGUUCCCCACUCAGUUAUUCGCUCUUUAGCACACUCACUCCCCCUCACUCCCCCUCACUCACCCGCUCACUCACCCCCUCACUCACUCAUCCCCUCACUCACUCACUCACUCACUCACCCCUUCACUCACUCACUCCCGACGGAUUGACGGAGAUCAAAGUCCGGGUCUUUGGUUCAAGGCUAAAACUUGUUCAAGCCUAGGACUCUUUUGAACAUCUUAGCGGAAAAAAUGUGUCUUUUGGUAAUGAUUAGACUGAUUAACGUUGCAAAAGUUUAUCCCAUCAAGUCACGAAUAUCUUGUCUCACGUGAAAUUGUGACAUCAAUGGCACUUUUGGCAGAUAUUCUGCUCCUUCUCCGAUGUACCAAAUGACAAAGCAACAGUAACCCCAAUCUUAACGAACUUCCUCCUCUGAGGAAGUUGUCAAAGUCUUCAACUGUAUCAAUAACUUUUUCUAAAUGAAAUUUCCGUAACAUAGAAAUAUGAAAGAUCUUACCUGCGGAUCCAAAGGGAAGAUUACCUUAGGCAACAGCUUGCACUAGAAAACAUGGCCUCGGAGAUAAUAUUUCACACGAUGAGCAUGACAAAUGCAUUGUCGCCUGACGAGUACUACGAGCAGAUGUCUCGUCCCACCAUCCAAGACAUAUUCUCUAAAAACCCCUUUGGUAAGUUGAUG